UCCGCUCUAGGCGCAGGUCCUCCGCGCACUCUAUGCCCCCCUGGCCCAGGCUGAGGAGGAUGGAGGAGCUCCCUUUGGGCGCCCAUUUUGAGGACUCCGUCUUCGAGGGAGGCGGCGGCGGCGGCAACGGCCGGGAGCCGAGGGGCCUCUCCUCUCUGCCUACCAACUACUCCGCUCGGUGCUGCGAGCCUGAGUGGUUUUGUGAAGAAACAAACAGUGAGGAUGAUGCUGAAAGUGUCAAUAUAAAAAAAUUCAGAGGAGAUUUGGCAUACAAGCGACAGGAAUUUCAGAAGGCGCUGUGUGAGUAUUCUGGCUGCCUCAAGCUGUUGCCUCCCAGCAAUCUUGCCAUGAGAAGAGACAUAUUGGAGAGCCAAGCUCGCUGCUUAGCUUAUCUGGGAAGAGACAAGGAAGCCUUGGAGAUUACAGAAACUCUGAGAAAUGGAGCAACAAAUACUGACCACAUAGCAGCCAUCCUUUGCUUGCAGCUUGCCAUUUACUGCACUCUAAAGCAGACUGAGAGAAUAAUUGUGUGCCUACAGCAACUCAUUACAUUACACCCCUUUCACCCAAGGCACUGGAAGUCACUUGCCGAAGCUUACAUGAGCCUUUUGCAAUUUCCAGCACAAUCAUCCAUGACAGAAGCUGAUGUCUUGCAACAUGGCAGCUCAGCUAUAGAUAAGCACUGUCUCCAGGUUUUACCAAAUGAAGCCAACUUCCUACUUUGCAAAAAUCACAGCAAGAUAAAGGAUGCAUCUUUGCAUUUUUCUCUCGAAACAGAUGGCAGCUGUGGAUCUUGUGAAAAAUGCCAAACAGUACAAGGACCUACAAGGACCCUUGGAAAAUCAGAGGCACAGCAAGCAUUGAAGAGAGCAGUGUGUUGUUCUGUGGGACAGGAAGGCUCACAAGACAUUUGGAUAUAUGCAUGUGCUGCUUUCAUUAGAGCAAGGCUCUUGUUUCAGCUCAUACAGUUGAACCAAUCUUCCUUUGCUCUGGAGAGAAACUUAAAGGCACAGCAGGAAAUUGAAGACCAAGUGGCAUCAUUUGGGUUAAAGGAAGAUGUCUUGUUCUUGAUAACCGAGAUGAUGGGAGAGGAUCUUAUUCCAGAAAAGCUGAAGGAGGAUGCCCAGGGAGAGGUGAAAUGCUUGGGUGCUUCAGCCUUGAUGGCCAUGUUGAAUACCUCUACUGUGGAAUUUGAAAAAAAGUGGUUCCAAAAACUCAGAGAACGCUUCUCUCACUUGGAGUGCCAGAUGUGACAUAAUGUGGCUGUAUUAAGACAUGUUCUGUUUCUCUUUUCACCCUGGUUUUCCAAACAGCUCCUGUGGAAGUGGUUAACAGGGCAAAUGUGGCCAGGCUGUGAGUGUUUCAAGCCUGAAGCAACUUCCAUCAGAUCUAAGCCUGAGCUUGUGUUUUCCAAUGUUGCCUGUUCUAUUCAGCUCAGAGUGCCUUGAGGAGGAUGGAAGAACUUUUUUGACUAGAAGCCUUGGCAAAAGACCAACAUUUCUCUCAUUAGGACUUGUGCCCAUUUCUUUUUGUUGUGUUUGGCACAAUGGGUCUUUUAUAAAUGGCAAGAUGCCCAGGGUUAAGGGGUGAUGAACUUCCAUUCUUGCAUUCUUUUGGCUGGGCUUUUGAUCUCCCAGCCAAACCCAUUGUCCCUUGAGAAAGAUGAUGAAAUGAUUUCUGUUUCUAGUAAAGUAAAUGCAUCUUUUCAUUUAAAUUACAGUAACCCUCACCCAGGAAGUGUUUAUUACAGAAAACUGAUUAUCAUGUUCAUAUGAUUAUGCUAAAAUAAUUCAGUCAGUCACUGGUACAUUUGUGGUUGUGAUCUUUUAUUAAAAUAAAUUUAUUUAUUUAAAUUAUUUUUAAGAAUCCUUUCAAGCAAGAAUGACAGCCUACCUUCCAUUUUUUAUUGUGUCUCUUGAAUAGUAUAGUUUGCUCAAAGUAUACCUUAUUGUACUUAGCUUGAAGUUUGUUCCAUAUUAGGGGAAAACAUAUUGAUAUAUUUCUUCUGUUUCCAUGUUAGAACAGUCCACAUACCAGAAAAUUAGGGAGAAUAAGUGGAUGUUUUUAUUGGUUCUGUUUCUUCUAGCAGUUCUCAUGGAUGAAUUGGUUUGCUUGUUUGUUCAAAGUCAUUUUUAAUUAUUUAAAUUUUAAAACAACAGUAUUUCUAUUAUUACUAUUCAAGAGGCAGGGGAAAACUAGAUUUUGGCUUCCCUUCCAUCCUAAUAUGCCAAAUAUUGCUGUGUUUUCUAAAGAACAUUUCACUGAAUCCUAAUUCCCACAUCCACAUUUAUAUCUGUAAAAUCAUUUAAUUAAAAAGGUAUUUCGAUGCCAUGAGAGACUGAAACACAGCCGCUUUUAUUUACCUUGGUCAACAUCCAAGGUAAGUAAUGCCAGCAGAAUCAUGAUUUUCUUCCCUUCCUCCCCACCCCAGCAGCCCUCCAAGAUGCCAAAAAACUGCUCCAGUGUGUUUCAUAGCCUUGUAGAGCGUGUCUUUAGGGUGCACGAGAGAUAGCUGAUUUGAGGAAAGAGUAACAGAAUCCAGGGGACAUCAUUGUAUCUUCUAAUUUUACCAGAAUUUUAUAAUUACAGCUCUUCCCCACCUAUAGUUCUGUUAAUAUCCCUUUGCCCCAACAGAGUUUUGAGUGAUUAAGAUUUUCAUUCAUGUAUAUUUGCUUAAAUGCAUCCAGUUAGUGAGGGCAUGUCUGCCUAUGAAAUCUCAUUGCCCUGGAAGGAUUCCCCUUCAAAACAUAGGGCAACUUUGGGGGUACAUCCCUUUUUAUAUGACUGCCCAUGACCUCCAGGCCAGGCCUUCUGCAUAGUAAUGGGGUGAUAAGUAAUUCAUAUUAGCCAAAAAAGGUUUUUGCAAAGUUUUAUUUUUCCAAAUUCUGAAAUAAUGGGAAUAUAUGAACAGCAGUUUUAUAUAUAUAUAUAUAUGUAAGUAAUACUUGCAAAAGAUUCUUCCCUCCCCCACACUCUUCAUUUUAGUCCACAUUCUAGACAAAAAGAUAAAGCAAAAGUCUUCAGGUUAAGUAACAUGUGAAUAGUUUUAGAGUGUAAUCUCCUUCUUGAUAGCUGGUCUGUAUCUUAGGGAUUUAUUCAUUUUUCAUAUUGAUGAACAUUCAUUUGAUUCCUCAUCAAAGUGGUAAAAUCUUGGCAUAUUUUGAGGUAGAGAUGUGAAGGAUUGGGGGGGGGGGCAUGAAAAAAUAGAAAAAGAUGCAUCUUCCCCCGAAGCCUUCUUUCUGGAAAAGUGGGGGGGGGGGAAUUGAGAAAAAAUGAAUCUGAGAAUAUUUUCUUUUAGAAUAAUGAAUAAAAUAUUUAAGACAAGCUAUUCACUACAUUUACUCCUCCAAAAUAAUUUCUAAAACCUAUGUAAUGGGUGGUGUACAGACCACCUCUUUGGGGCAGCCUGCACCCACCCCUUUCCCCAACAGAUCAGAGCCUGAGCUGCCACAGCGGCAGCCCCAGAGGCCCCGAUCCACUGCUUUUCCUGGCAUCGGGGAAG